UCGCGAUAUCUCGCAGGGGGCGCUAAAUUCGAAAAGUCCGCCAUUUGGUACCGCACUGACAACACAGAGUAGAAGAUUGACUGUUUUGACUAUUCAUUAUGUCAGAUAAAGGCGGCCACGAUUCCAGUGAAGGCGACUCCAUCAAGGUAUUUGUACGUGUGCGACCUCCAGACAAGGGAGAUAAUGAGCUGGGAGCACAAAAGGCCAUUGAGGUGGACGACCAACGGAACUCGGUCACAGUGCGGGCCAAGCCUGAACCUAAAGUAUUCUCCUUCGACAAAGUUGCGGAUAUCAACAUUACGCAGGAAGCAGUAUUCUGUGCAGUGGGCAAGGGGAUCAUUGAUGGCUGUCUCAACGGGUACAAUGGAACAAUCUUUGCCUAUGGGCAGACUGGCAGUGGCAAGACCUUCACCAUGCUGGGGCCGUCGGAGGACUCGGAGAGUUUUCAGCAUGAGCUGCGCGGGGUGACUCCGAGAAGCUUCGAGUACCUCUUCAGUCACAUCAACCGGGAACAACAGCUGCAUGGGGACAGGAAGCAGUUCCUGUGUCGAUGUUCGUUCCUCGAGAUCUACCAGGAGUGUGUGUACGACCUCCUUGACCCCUCAGCGGAAGGCCUUCACCUUCGUGAGAACAUCAAGAAAGGCGUGUUUGUCGACGGCAUCAGCGAGCAGGCAGUGGCAAGUCCCAGUGAAGCAUAUGACGUGCUGUCAUCGGGCUGGAUCAACAGAAGGGUGGCAGCGACGUCAAUGAAUAGAGAGAGUUCGAGGAGCCACGCUGUGUUUACCCUCGCCAUAGAAUCCAAGGAGCAAAAGGGAGGGGUUCAGAACGUGAGGAUGUCGCAGCUGAACCUGGUGGACCUGGCAGGGUCUGAACGACAGAAGGACACCAACGCAGCCGGACAGAGACUCAAGGAGGCUGGAUGUAUCAACAAGUCGCUGUCAACACUGGGAAAUGUCAUGAUGUCACUCGUGGACAUCGCGCAUGGCAAGAGUCGACACGUCCCGUACAGGGACUCUAAGCUAACCUUCCUCUUAAGGGACUCCCUUGGCGGCAAUGCUAAGACUCACAUUGUGGCCUGUAUACAUCCUGGAUCUAAGUGUUUUGGCGAGACUUUGUCGACGCUACAGUUCGCCAGACGAGCCAAGAUGAUCAAGAACAAGGCAGUGGUCAACGAAGACACCCAGGGCAACAUACUCCAUCUACAGGCCGAGAUCCGUCGCUUGAAGGACCAACUGCUGCAGUUUCAGAUGGAGGGGGGGCCGCGGGAACUACCCCCAUUCCAGGGGGGGUCAGACAGUGCUCCGGUUACCAUGACUACUGGGGGAGAUUCAGAAUGGAGGAAGAACUUCAUAGAAUCAAUGUUCUUCCGGGAGAAAGCUGAAACUGAAAAGAAGAAUUUGAUACAGACCAUUAAGGACCUUGAAGAUGUGGCUAAGAAGCGGGAGAAGUUCAACCAGUCGCGGGAGAUGGUCAUGAAGUUCCGUGAGAAGGACAUCGAGAUCCUGAAGAAGGAGGUUGCUCAGCUCAAGACGAGGCUUGCAGGGGGAGAAGACGAGAACGCCAAGGAUCACCACAGCACCAAAGAAAACGAUCAGAUUGCCUCCUUGAGGGAGGAGAUGAAGGUGCUGACAGAGAGGAUCAAGUGCCACCCCGUGGUCGUCCGCCAGAACGUGGAGCUGCAGAAACUGAGGACGGAGCUGAAGCAGCUCAAGAAUAACGACAACUACAGGCAAGCUGUGAUCAGUGACAACCGCAAGAUCGAGGAACUGGACAAGGUGUUCAAAGAACUGAUGGCCGAAAAGUCAAAAGUUGCAGAUGACGAGUCCCCCGGUGGCAAGAAGCUAGUUAGCCCCUACAGCACGCCCCAGACAGGGGACAAAGUUGCCGUAGCAACCCUGGAGAAGUACAAGUCCCAGGUGGCCAACCUUCAGAAGGAGAUCGAAGGGAUGAAGGCUAUGCUGACAGAGACGAAAGAGACAUCGGAGAAGAAGACAAUUGAGCUGGGUGCUGAGCUUAGCUCGGCUAAACAGAUGAAUGAAGAGGUCAUGAGAAGUCUCAAAAUGCGUCAGCUCCACUAUGACUACGAGAAAAAAACCUUGAAUGAUCUUCACACUCGCACUAUAGAGACCAUCACCACCCCUCAGAGAGCCAGGUACAAUCUACGCAAUCGUUCCAUGCAUGAGAUAUCCCAGGUCAAGGCCGUGUCUCCCGACCUCAACCAGACCAUCGAGAUGGAGGAUGGGAUAUUGGGGGAGGACAUCCCUGAAAUCAUGAACGAGGCGGCACACGAAGCCCUCACGGGGGAGAUAAAACAGCUCCAGGAGAGCAACAACAAGCUGUCCGAGCGCCUGGAGGAGUACGAGAGUGACGUGAUGAGAAUCCGACAACAGACACUCAAGUAUGAGAGCCAGAUAGAACAGCUCAAUGAUAUCUUGAAAAAGGAGAGGAGUGAGAGAGCCAUUGAAGUGGAGGAGUAUGAAAACUCAGCUGCCAAGAUGAAGAAGGACUUGGAAGAAACACGGGAGACAUCCAGAGUAAACGGCGAGGAGGCGUCGGACCUGCGUGUGAUGAUCAAGUGGGUGGACAAAGAGAAGGCGGACAUGGAGAAGAGGGACCGGGUGGCCGAGGAGUCGAGGCAGAAGGCCAUCACGACGCUCGAGACACAAUUGAUGAAGAUCUCAAUGGAGUUUGAGCAGGUCCAAAAGCUUAAUGAGGGCCUCAGCAAAGAUUUGGACAUGGCACUGGAAAACAUGGAGAACAAACAGCUGACAGUCCAGUUCCAGGAGAGCUGCAUCAAGGAACUGGAAGACAAGAAUAAGGACGGGAUAGAAAAACAGAACAAACUGCAGGCCAUGAUUCAGAGCCUGGAGGACCAGGUUGAACAGAAAGACUGUGACCUUGAGACCCUGCGGACUCAGAUCAGGACGGACUCGGCAAGUCAGGAGCAGCAGGCUGGCAAGUUCCUGGAUGAGAUCAAUAACCUCAAGUCGGCCGCCACCCUCCUGCAGAACGAGUGCGACGCCCACCACAACACCGAGGACCUCCUGAAGCAGGAGCUGGACAAGUCCGCGGCCACCAUCACGUCCCUGGAGAAGGAGCUGGCUAAAGAUCGGGCAUCAGUGGCAAGUCUGUGGAACACCAUCCAGGACCAGAAGACGAAGCUGGGCAGUCUGAAGGAGGAGCAGCUCACCCUGGAGUCGCGACUGACCAACAAGACGCAGCAGCACGACAUCUUGCAGUCUGCCCACAACAAUCAGGUCCAGCACCUGGCCUCCCUGGAACAACAAGUGCUCCAACUGCAGGAGGAGGCCGCAACUGUCAAGAUCAAGUUUGAUGUGGAGAUGUCGGUGGUACAAGACAGCAUGGAACACAUGAGUGAGCAGCAAGAGCGUGCCCAGGAAGACCUGCAGGAGACUCGCAACCACCUGGCAGCAUCACAGGCUGAAUGUGCCAAGCUACAGGAGAAAAUAGCAUUGCUUACAAACGAGAUAAAAAAUGAUGAAGAACAGAAAAAUUACUCUAAUAAGACAAUCCUGGAGCUGGAGAAGCUCAUGAACCAGAAUGACGUCUUACUGCAGGAGAAGAACGACAGCAUUUCCAUGUACCAGAAAGACUUUGGUCAGCUCCAGUGUGAGAGGAACUGCCUGGAGGAGAGAUGCUGUAUGCUUGAGGCGGAGCUCCAAAAUGUCCAUGCUCAAGCCAGUCUGCUGGACGCCCAGGUCAAGGAGAAGGAGGAGUUGGUCAGCCGGGCAGAGGAGGAGGCCAAUCAGGCCAAGCACCAGACUGACCGGCACCACAAAGCCAAGAUGGAGCUCAUAGAGAGCAUGACAGACAGACAGAGUAGACUUGAAGAUCUGGAAAACUCCAUGAAGACAUUGGUGGAUGAGAAUACAAGAUUGGCUGCAGUGUGCAUCAAGGACCGGGAGGAGAAGAGCAUCAAGCACUCGGAGCUGGAGGUGUUGAAGGAACACUACAGCAAGUCUCAGACUGAGCUGGAGGAGACGCUGGAGAAGGUGAAGAGUCUGCAGGAGGAGGUGGCCAAGAUGGGGGGACACAUGAAUCUCAAACAGAAGAUCAAACUCUUCCAGAAGACGAAGGCGGAGAAUUUUGAGCUGACAAAUAUGAAUCAGCAGCUGAAGACAGAGGUUCUGCGGCUCCAGAUGGAUCUGGCCAGACACACAGGAGCCCCGACCACGCCCAAACAGAUCCUUCACCACAAGGAGAACAUCAAGCCCGGAAGCCGGUCCUCCCACUGCGAGAGAACAAUGUCCGCACAGAGGAAGGGCCAGGAGAGACAGACCCUCUUUCUCUCCGGAGACUACACUCCAUCGGAUGUCCUCAAGAAGGCUCGUCUGGAGAGUAAACGUCCGGCAAGCUCCAAGAAAACUAAACAAGAGACAAUUUCUAACCUGCGUGAGCAGCAGGAUGCUCCUGUUGUUGCCUUGGAGACGGAUGGGUCCAGGCAGGAUCCCCCCGUCGUCCUGGAGCCGGUCGUGUCCCAGGAGGAUCCCCCCGUCGUCCUGGAGCCGGUCGUGUCCAAGGAGGAUCCCCCCGUAGUCCUGGAACCAGUCGUGUCCCAGCAGGAUGCUGAUGACCAUCUACAAGACAACCAAGCUGACGCCGUGGAGGGGGAAGUGGAUGGGGGGGAGCUUCAAGAAGAAGACUCGGAGGACAUGGAGAUUCAGUUCAAGUCCGUGCGUGUGGAGGAUGUUGAAGCUAUGACAUAGUCAUUGUGGGAACGUGUUUCUGUGGAGAUGUACAUAGUUCCUCUAUGUAGAACCUGUCUGCCAUAUUUCUGACUUAUCUCUCCUCUUUACUAUCAUGUUGUGUAUUAAUGCAAUCUUUUUGUUAUUCAAAUUCUGUAAUGAAUGUAAAUAGUAUAUAUUCCAUGUGGUUCAUAUGUGCGAUUGUGAUUCAGAUUAAAUCUGUAAUCAUUCAUUUUAUUGAAGACUAAGUGCUGAGGGGGAAUGCAUGAGGAGAAAUUGUUUUUUAUUUAUUGUUCCUCAACUUCCCUCGUACCAAUUCUGACCGUGCUACUCUCACUUGCCUUACACAAGCUGGUUGUACCGUCCCCACCUUACUAAUCAGUUCCAAUAAUACAUUUAAUCAUCUUUACCCUCACAUUAUGUCUCACUGGGUCUCAGUUCCCUUGGGGGCACGGGUGGCUCAGUCGUCUAAGGCACCGCGAUUCGCUGUGCAGAGUUGCGUCCCUUGGGCACGCCAGAAACCUAUGAAUGUGGGUUUGAAUUCCGGUUCACCCCAAUAAUGUUUCUA